AUGGCGUCCCGGCCGAUUCUCCUGCGGUUCGAGAGUCGGAACGGCCAGUUUCGCUUCACUGUGAACCCGCAAGACCUCUUUCCCUCCCUUCAGCAAAAGAUUCUGGAGCACCUACCGUCAGAUAUCGAACCGUCAUCCAUCACGCUGUCUAAUCGCCCGAUAGGCACCGGCGGUGAGGAGAGAGUAUUAAAGGCUCUGGACGGAGUCUCGAUCGAGCAAGUCGGUCUUAAGCAUGGCGAUAAGCUCUUCCUUGGGUAUCAAGAGCGCGCUGCACAGCAAAACGGCGCCUCCAACGGCCUCACAUCCACCAACACCACCACCGAGCGCCGGCUGAAUGGAACUUCGGUUCCGCAGGAACAGACCGUACCAAUCCGCGCGCAACCUACAUCUCCCUCGAUCAAUAUUAAAAACCCAUGGGAUGUGGUCAAGCAGUCACCCUUGGACAACCUGCUGGACAAGACCGAUGGAAAGAUUAAACGGAAACAGGAUCAGAGAAUGUGCAAGCAUGGUCCACGGGGUAUGUGUGACUACUGCAUGCCGCUGGAACCAUACGACAAGAAUUACCUCUCCGAGAAAAAGAUCAAACACCUUUCCUUCCAUUCCUACCUGCGGAAAAUCAAUGCCGCUACCAAUAAACCCGAGGCUGGGAGCUCAUAUCUGCCACCGCUUCAAGAACCAUUCUAUCGAGUGCGGCGUGACUGCCCAUCUGGACACCCGCAGUGGCCAGAGGGCAUUUGUACCAAGUGUCAGCCCAGUGCCAUCAGCUUACAACCCCAAGAAUUCCGCAUGGUCGACCACGUGGAGUUUUCCUCCCCUGAUCUCAUCAACUCACUCCUCGAUUUCUGGCGCAAGUCCGGAUCCCAACGACUAGGAUUUCUGUACGGAACAUACGAAGAAUACAAGGAGGUGCCGCUGGGCGUCAAGGCAGUCGUCCAGGCAAUUUACGAGCCUCCGCAGAUGGGAGAGAUUGACGGCGUCACGCUUCAUGAUUGGCAUAACGAGAAGGAAGUGGACGAAGUGGCGAGCCUUUGUGGGUUGCAAAAGGUUGGAGUUAUCUUCACGGAUCUCCUCGAUGCAGGCCAAGGGGAUGGCUCCGUGAUAUGCAAACGACAUAUCGACUCCUACUACCUGUCAUCUCUCGAGAUUGCUUUUGCUUCGCGUCUCCAGGCCCAGAACCCCAAGGCAACCAAAUGGAGCCGCACUGGGCGCUUCGGCUCCGACUUUGUGACGUGUGUGCUCAGCGGAGAUGAUACAGGGGCCAUUGCCGUGAGCUCCUACCAGGCGACCGUUUCCGCAGUGGAGAUGGUUCGUGCCGAUAUCAUCGAGCCAUCGGCAGACCCCACCGUGAUGCUGGUUCAAUCGGAGGAUGAUGACGACCUGGGCAGCAAGACCCGCUAUAUUCCCGAGGUUUUCUUCCGCAGAAUCAACGAGCACGGUGCCAGUGUCCAGGAGAACGCAAAACCAAGUUUCCCCGUCGACUUCUUGUUGGUGACCCUCACCCAUGGUUUCCCUACAGAGUCUACACCCCUUUUCACCAACAGUCGCUUCCCCAUCGAAAACCGCGAGGUCAUCGGCGAGAGUCAGGAGCUGCGACAUGUGGCCCAACAGCUUAUGUCUCAUGGAGAUCCCGACAAGGCCAUUCAAGGCGUUUCUGACUUCCACCUCUUAAGCUUCCUGCAUGGUCUCUCCACAUUCAGCAAGGACGAGGAAGCUCUUCUCUGCCGAGUCGCUAGAACUCAUGCCCCCGCCGAUGGAAUGCAGCUAUUGAAUACCCCUGGAUGGGCAACCUUGAUGACAAUUCUUCAGGAGAGUGGUGAGCGCCCCCCUAAGCGCCCCCUGGCCUUCGGCGGUUGA